AUGUAUCUAGAAACGUGUGCAGCCCUCUCGCUGGCCGAGCUCUGUAUGCUUAUGCUCAUGCAUGGCGUUCCAUCAAUGUAUAAUGUCGUUUGCUCCUAUCUCGUUCUAUUCUCCCUUCAGUACGCUUCCAUCAACCUGUACUACACUUUUAUCUUCCCCUUCUACGUCUCCUCCCUGCGCUACAUGCCAGGACCGAAAAACCACCACUUUUUCAUUGGCCACGCCCUCAAUCAGUUUCGCGCCAACGGACCUUAUGAGCUGUACCUCUCGUGGAGUCGCCAGUGGCCCACGGCACCCUUUAUUCGGUAUAUUUCCUUUGCCAACACGGAGACCCUUUUAGUGAACAGCUUGCGGGCGCAUCAAGAAGUGCUGUCGACGAAAUGCUACUCGUUCGUGAAGCCGCCCUUCUUCGCAAGGAUCGUGGGCGAGGUGACGGGGAUGGGCCUGGUGUUCGCAGAGGGUGAAGACCACAAGAGGCAGAGAAAAAUGUUGAACGUCUCGUGGCUCAUCUCUUCAGGCAUCUUUUCCACGCCCAACAUGAAAAAACUACUGCCGGUCGUGCAGCGGCAUGGCAAACGCCUCACCGAGACGAUCGACCAGCGCAUCGGCUCCGAAUCUUCUGCCGUGGUGGAGGGUAAGUGCUUCGUUUCGUUGUUCUCGAAAGCCACCCUCGACAUCAUUGGUCUCAUCACUCUGGGAAAAGAGCUCGACUGCUUCACCGCGAAACCAACAUUCCACGAAUGCUACGACCUGAUCUUCAACCAAUCCUCGCUCAGUGCCAUCAUCACCGCCGUGAAUACGUACAUUCCCUUGCGGAGUUGGCUUCCACUCGAAGCGAACCGAUCCUUCGUCACGGCGAAUGAUGAGGUCAAACGCAUCCUCCGACAGCAGAUUCGACUACGGCAGAAAGAAAUCGCCACGGCUAGGACAUCGGUGAAGAAGUCGUCUUUGCCCAUCAGCCGCGAUGUCCUCAUGUACUUGCUCGAAGCGCCACCCUCGCGCCAGCAGCAAUGGACCGAAGACGAGCUCCUCGGCUAUGUACGUCUCCAUUCCAUCAACUGUUGCGGAGAGCCGGACUACACGCAGUUGGAAGGGCUCCGCUAUCUCCACAACUUCUGCCGCGAAGUCCUGCGCGUCUAUGCUCCCGCCGUCAUGAUAUGGCGUCAAGCAGCGGAAGCGGUGAUCAUUGAAAACACCUACAUUCCCGCAGGGACCAACGUCAUCGUCUCGCCCCAAGUGUCUCAAUCCCACCCUGAAAUUUGGGGCUCUUCUGCCACAGCGUUCGAACCAGACCGCUGGGACUCGCUCCCACCGGAGUCGGCUUCCCCGUACGCGUUCCAGGCCUUCAGUAGCGGGCCCAGAGUGUGCAUCGGAAAAGGGCUGGCGAUGCUGGAGUUCAAGUCUCUCCUCGUGGAUAUCGUGAGGAAGUACACAUUCGAGGCUGUGGAAGGAAAGCUGGUGCUGGAGAACUAUUUGACGCUAAGGCCAAAGGGAGGCUUCAGGGUGAGGUUCAAGAUCGCCGGAGAGGAUAUCGCGCAGCGCGCGGACUAG